GGUACACUCCAAAACAUAUAAACUAGAGAAUGUGCAAUUUUUCGCUUAACGGUACAAAAUUGUGCUCUCAAUUUAUGGUUAUCUCUAGCUUCGUCAUCACGAGUGCGUAGCCUGUUACUGUUAGAGUAUAACAUGAUAUAAGCGUAAAAACGUAUGGAAAAGAAAAAGAGAAAAACGGAAAAAAUGAAGUUAUCGCAUUAAGUAAUACAAAUAAAAUUGACAACUGAAAAAUAAGUAUAUUUAUUCAAUUUUAUAUGUAUAUACAUCGUCGUCCCAAAUCUUAUAGCUUAAGUUGUUGAAAUUAAAAUACGUGAAUUGUUAAGUGACUGUAAUUGUUAUUCCUAUUGCUAAAAUGCAGAACAAUGACUAUAUAGUAAAGACUGUAGUUCAUGUUGGAACAAAAGCAAUUAAGUUUGUACCUGGGACUAAAGUUGUUUUCCACUUUAGAACAACAAAAUGUGACCAUGAAAAAACAGUAAUCGAUGACAGUAAAGUUAUGGGUAGACCAAUGGAGCUUAUUUUAGGCAAGGAAUUCAUGUUAGAAGUAUGGGAAGUUAUUAUACAAAUGAUGGCUUUAAAAGAAGUCGCAUGCUUCAGGGUACAUAAAAGCCUAGUCACAAUAUAUCCUUUUGUGUCUAAGACAUUGAGGGAAGUUGGAAAGACACAGUCAGAAAAACAUACACAUCAUUGUUGUGGUGUAACUUUACAAAAUGAAGGAAUAGGAUACGAUGAUUUGAAUGAACUUAUUAAAUGCCCUCAAGAUUUAGAAUUUACGAUUGGUAAAAUACGUGAAUCGUAUAAAAUGAAGCUUGUAUCAAAGUUUGUCGAUAAAGAGGGAGAAGGGCAUGUGUCCCUUGUCCCAGAAAACACAGAAGAUAUGUGGCAUGCAUACAAUAUCAUUAGUGAAGGAGAUUCUGUUAGUUGUUCCACGUUUAGGAAAGUGCAAACAGAGUCAUCAACUGGCAGUUCCAAUAGCUAUAAAGUUAGAACUACUUUAACCAUAUGUGUAGAGAGCAUUGAUUUUGAUACACAAGCCUGUGUUUUAAGACUGAAGGGUAGAAAUGUAGAAGAAAAUAAAUAUGUUAAGACAGGAGCAUAUCACACAUUGGAUGUAGAACAAAAUCGAAAAUUCACAAUCAUAAAAACUAAUUGGGAUUCCAUUUCUUUGGAAAGAGUUAAUACCGCGUGUGAUCCUACACAGAAUGCAGAUGUUGCAGCUGUGGUAAUGCAAGAAGGCAUAGCUCAUAUUUGUUUGAUAACUUCUAACAUGACAAUAGUGCGUGCUAAAAUAGACCAAAUCAUACCUAGAAAAAGGAAAGGAAAUGUCUCUCAACAUGAAAAGGGUUUAAUUCGAUUUUACGAAAACGUUAUGCAAGGAAUUUUAAGACACAUCAAUUUUGAUAUUGUGAAAUGCGUUAUUCUUGCCAGUCCUGGGUUUGUAAAAGACCAAUACAUGGAUUAUAUGAUAGAACAAGCAAUAAAAACGGACAACAAAUUGAUAUUGGAAAACAAAUCUAAAUUUUUGCUUGUUCAUGCUAGUUCAGGAUUCAAACACUCUCUAAAAGAAGUAUUAGCCGAAGCAGCAGUGAUGUCUCGAAUUUCUGAUACAAAAGCAGCAGGUGAAGUAAAAGCUUUGGAAACAUUUUUUAUGAUAUUGCAGACUGAUCCUUGCAGAGCAUUUUAUGGGAAAAAGCACGUGCAGAAAGCGAAUGAAGCACAAGCUAUUGAAACGUUACUCAUUUCCGACAAAUUAUUUAGAUGUCAAGAUGUUGCUUUGAGAAAGGAAUAUGUUCAAUUAGUGGAAGGUGUGAAAGACUCUAGUGGGGAUGUAAAAAUAUUUUCAAGCUUACAUAUAUCCGGUGAACAAUUGGAACAAGUAACUGGAAUAGCAGCAAUACUCCGUUUUCCGAUGCCAGAAUUAGACGACGAGAGCGAUGGCGAAAACGAUUCGGAAGAAGAUGAAUAAGAGUUGAAUAGAAUAUGCUAACGUGCAACUUUGUAUAUAUUUGUGCUGUGCGCAAUCAAAAUAUAUUAUUAAUAAAAGUAUAAAUUAAUUCUUAUAAA